AAGUCUGUACAUCGUGGGCUUUUUUAAUUUCAAUAUUAAAGGGGUAGUUUAUUUUGCGUAUCCAAAUUCAUCCGUGCUUUCAGGUUGAACUGUACAAGUGAGCCUAGCUAGCUAAGCGGCUAACUAGCGUGCUAUAAUGACAAUGUUAUUUGUCUUUUAGCUGUAAUCCGGUUUUAAUCGAUUAAAUAGUACUAUAUUACACGCCGUUUGUUGUGAUAAUAAAUGAGCAGAUUUUGGAGAAUGGUUGUUGAAUCGUCGCGGCUUGUAAAAGCUGUAAACGUCAUGAAGUUUAAUGGCGGUAGCUUGUAGUGCGCUGGAUGUGGUGCGCUGUAGCAGGACGGUAGGCCAUGUUGUUUCACCGAGCUAAGAAUGUGUGCUGUAACAGCUUUCAUCGGUAGCUAGCAUUAUCCUCACUGCUCGGAGGUAGCUGCUGACUCCAGCCGGCUUGACCAGGUUAAAACCGCUCCCAGCAGGCUGUACUAACGCAUUCCUUAUUUUAUCGUUGUUUUCACCACAAAGGGUACGCGUUGUCGGUUAUGUAAGAUGGGGGACGCCUUUCCCGGGCUUUUCUUGCAAGAUGUCUCGGCGAUGGUUAGCAAUUUUAUUAGAAAUCCGUCUUAAACAUUCGUGUAUCAGUCUAGCUGAUUCUGAACGGUUUACUGACUUUUUACAUCGUGCUUUUAACAUUUUAACGACGGGUGUAUGUUUUUUCAUGGCGGUAGCUGCGCUGUAGCUCGAGUUGCGUAGCUAUACGGCUGUGAGGGCGGAAGCUAGCGGCGGCCAUUUUAGAGCUAGUUAGCUGUUCCAGUCUGAGCUGCACAAGAUGCCCACCGCGAAAGGCGUUGUAAUUCUCUGAAGAGGCUGAGUCAGAAUGUGCCAGACCCCUCCUGGCUCGUGCUGACCAAGGAGGUCCCAAGCAAUUUUUUUUGUUCUGAGAAAGCGGUGCUCCUUGAGCAGCGCUAAGUUUCACUUAAACGGGAAGACGGAAGUCGUCAGGCUGGAGUGUGUCCUGAUGGCCGAGUCAGAGACUGAGUGUGACACACCAGGCCUUGACACGCUGGGGUCUGAGUGUGUCAUAACUCACACGCAAGUCGGUGACUUGCACUAUGCAGCGGAAACUGAGAUUAUGACCCAAGAGGACAAGAGGCUUGAUCUGGAAGCCAUUCAUGGCGAUCUUGGGGCUGUGGCUUGCGUUGAUGGCGUAACGGAGACAGACCACGACUACAUUAAGUCUGAGGUACAUCAUGACCCACAGUACUUUGGAGGCGCAGACAUGAAAGGCAACGAGGCUUUGCUUGGUGAAGUGCUGCUUAAGACAGAGAUGGGUGGAGCUUGUGCAGAGCAUGUAGUGAAGGUUGAGACAGACCAUGGAGGAGAGCUGACAGUGGAGUCGGAGAACGGUGUCAUCAUUCACGAGGCCCAGGGUCUUCAGUGCAACGAGUGUGGAGAGAUAUUUGGCAGCAUGUCUGAUCUGCAUCAACACUUUGAAAUCCAUAAAGCAACCCAUCCCUACAUUUGUAUCCAGUGCGGUGAGAGCUUUGCUGUGGAGGCUAGUCUGAGGGGGCACAUGAAAAUACACAUGAAGGAGAAGGGCUACGCCACCACCGGUGUGGAGAUGGUUGGUAAAGGGGUCAUCGACGCAUUCAACCUCAAACCACAUCAGUUGAUGCAUUCCCCUGAAAAGCCACACAGAUGCUCUGAAUGCGGGAAGAGCUUUGCUGCAGCCAUCACACUCAGAGAGCAUAUGAAAAUGCAUUCGGAUGACAAGCCCUACAAAUGUACUCAGUGCAGGAAGAGUUUUGUCCGCAGGCGCCAUCUAAAGAAACAUCAGGAGCUGCAUGCUCGUGAGAAGCCAUUUACCUGCCCUCAGUGUGGGAAGGGCUUUGCUACUGCUUCAAAUUUGAAACAGCAUCAGAAGACACAUGUUGGUGAGAAGCCACAUCGAUGCUCCCAGUGUGGCAAGUGUUUUGCAGCAGCAGCCACUUUGAGAGAACAUCAGCGAAUCCACUCUGGUGAGAAGCCCUAUAAGUGUACCCAGUGCAGGAAGAGCUUUGUAAGAAAACGCCACUUGAAGAAGCACCAGCUGGUGCACCAGGGUGGCAAGCCCUACCGAUGCUCUCAGUGCGACAAAGGUUUCAAUCACUCCUCGUCCCUGUCACGACACCACAAAGUCCAUCUUGAGGCCAAAAUGUUCGCCCAGCCUGACAAGGAAUUCCCCUUUGAUACUCCUAUGAAGAGGGGCAUGCACACGGGUGAAAAGCCAUACAGCUGCAACCACUGUGAGAAGAGCUUCAGUCACUCUUCGUCGCUGUCCAGACACCAGAGAACUCAUUCUGAUGGGAAAUCCUACACUUGUGCCCACUGUGGCAAGAAUUUUAAUCAUUCCUCGUCUCUUGCAAGACACCAACGUGUCCAUUUGGAAGAGAAGACCUCUUACAGUGCUAUUCCCACGGGAAAGGGAUUCCCUCCUACUACCAUCCUGAAACAGAGGAUUCUGCAGAGUGAGAAACCAUAUCGGUGUUCUCAGUGUGGAAAGGGUUUCAGUCACUCUUCCUCCCUCUCAAGGCACCACAGAAUUCACAUUGAUCAGGCUCACCACUAAGGUGUCUGUGGUAUUUUACAGUUUGUCCCAACUUCGUUUCAGGCCAACCUAAAAUCAUGUUUGUUUUCAUAGAGCUAUGAUGAAAGGAAAAUCGAACGUUUAUUCUGGGUCUAUAGAAAGAUCUUGAAGCUAUACUAAAAAUAAACUGGUUAAAUCCUUUAACUUUACAAUUUAAGAGCGAUGAAUUUCAAUAACUAGUAUGGCUGACUGAGCUGAUGCUGAUCCUGCGCAGUGUGCAAAUAGCUUACUGCCUUCAGUUUGACAUCUGUAUAAUAAUGUAGCAAUUUCAUCCUUAAUGACCAGGUCAAUUAUGCUCUUACUCAUACCCCUGAAAAUAAAUAAGGGUGGAUAACUUCAGAGCCUGUUUAGAGCUUUAGAUGUAUAAUUGGUGACCAAGUAAAGUUUCUGGGAGACUGGAGGAACCCACUUCCCACCACCAAAGUCCCAUGUAUCUUUACCCAUCAUGUCUUGUUCAUGGCCUGUUCAGAUGCUAUCGUUUGUAAAUAAGUGCUGGUUUUUAUAUACAUAUGUAUAGGUGCGUGUGCAGUUCUUUUACACAUUGAACAUUUUGUAUGACCCAGACUGUCUUAACCAUCUUUAUUUUGAAAAUAGGCUGGUACUUGAAAGUUUCACUGGCUUCAGGCAAGCUGUUGGCAAAGGUGCAAGUCUGCAUAAAAUUUUCACAGUUUGCUUAAACUUGAGUCACCACUGCUUUCAGCGGCAUUUAAAAUCGGCUGUAGCAUGCUUUCAGUGAUGAGCCUGUGGUCAGACGGCUUCAUUCUAAAAUGAGCUGCAAGAAAUUUUGACUUGUUGAGAGUGGCAAAUUUAGUCGUUCCUUUUGAGUUGUCUAACUUACCGACGGACUUCAGAAUACGUAGUUUGACAGAAUUCAUUGUAUACUUGCAACUCAGUGUAAUUUGAUCUAAAUGUUCCCUCUAAAGCAUUGCUAGUUCCCUUUGGUACUCUACAACUUGUUACUAAUGGGUAAAUUGUGUAUAUUUGCGUUCAAUUCUAAUGUCAUCGCUGUAGAACUAGUUCAGACCUCCAUAUAUAAAUAUAAUCUGUAGUUAACUGCAUACAUUCAGCAAAUUAUCAAAAUUUAGUGUAAGAUUGUGUAAUUAUCAUUACAAUAAAAUAGCUUGCUCUUGAUUAAUUUCAAAAUUCCAUGAAGAUACACUUUCUACUUAAAGUUCUGUGUAUGGGGGAAGAUCUUUUACAUACUGAUGUAUUUUUUUAAUAUGGUUUGGGUAAUCUGAAAGGGAAAAGAGGAAUACUGUUUUUAUGGGAGUAAACAUUAUAUUGAACUUUUUUCUUUUUGAAUAAUUGUGCUUCAACUCGUAGCAUAGGCUUUUUCAUUGUGUUAGAUAGGUGCCUUAUUGCAUGCUGAGUAGAAAUGUUUGUUGAGCUGUAAUAGAAGGUAAAAAAAAAGUUUGGCUCUUCUCCCUAUGUUUGCAUACUAACCAACAUUUUACUUUUGACUUAAGGCAAUUUAUGUUUUGCUUUUCUGUAUAUGAAUAUAUGUUUAUGCUGUUACUGUUGUCUUUUAAGUUCACUCAUCAUCAACUGGUCUCAUUGUAGAAAAACUAAAGGUUUAAAAAAAAAAAAGAGGUCACAACACCUUUUGAUUCAUAUUUUGAUUGCCCUCUUAAAUGGUCAAAUCUUGUUCCAUGUCUUUACCCAUCUUUGAGUGGCACACAUGGAUAAAUAAAGGUUCUUGACUACC